AUGGCGGCCGAUUUCGAUUUACCAAACGAGUGUUGGGAAUGUGUGAUCAAAUUUCUCCGGUCCGACCAUCGCAGCUUGGAGUCUCUCUCCCUUGUCUCAAAACAAUUCCUCUCCAUUACCAACCGCCUCAGAUUCUCUCUCACUAUCUAUGACGCAACCAUCCCUUUCCUCCCUCGCCUCUUCCACAGGUUCACCAACCUCACCUCCCUCGACUUCACGUUCUUCUGCGGUGACCUCAACGCACUUCUCUGCCAAAUCUCUUAUUUUCCCUUUCAUCUCGAAUCACUUAAACUCUCCAUUCAAUGCCCCAUCCCUAAAGAUGGAUUUCGAAUUUUGGCCACAAAGAUGAAAACUUUGACCUCUCUGACCGGAUCUGUCACUAAAACUGACAUUGUCCUCAUUGCUGAAUGUUUUCCUUUCCUUGAAGAAGUUGACCUCAACUUUCCUCAAUCCAACGAUAGGCAUACAAAUAUAUUACCAUUGGCACUUCCCAAACUCCGCAAGAUUAAUAUCUCAGGUUAUUGCUUCAUCGAUGACUCGUCGCUUUUCCAUCUUUGCGAGAUCUGUGAGCUUCUUGAAGAGCUAGAGCUAGUCAUGUUUGAAUAUUGUAAAUACUUAACCCAUGUUGGCAUUGCUUCUGCAAUCCGCGACAAACCAAAUUUGAAGUCUUUCAAAAUUUGUUUUGAUGAAUUUGGAAGGAUGUAUGUAAGUUCGAAGGUGAUUAACUCUAUAAGGAGUUUGAAAAGUUUGACCUAUCUCAAUUUAUCAUAUGUGCUUAUUUCAGAUCGUUCGCUCUCAUCUCUUGCAGAGGCAGGUCUUCCUUUGAAGAGACUAGUAAUCAAAAGAUGUAUGCAUUAUAGUUAUGCUGGAAUCUUUUGUUUGUUAUCGAAGUGUCGAUUUUUACAACAUUUGGAUCUUGAAUCUGUCCAAUUUUUAAUUGAUGAACAAGUUGCUGAGUUGUCUUUGUUUCUUGGUAAUUUGGUGUCUAUAAACCUUAGUGAAAGUAAGAUGCUCACAAAUUUAGCCUUAUUUGCCCUCGUUAAGAACUGUCGUUUCCUUGGUGAUAUUAGAAUGGAAAACACGGGUAUUGGAAAGUUUAGUUUAGAAAAUUAUAAUUGUUUGAUGGAUUUUGUUGUAUACCCUCAAGUGAAGUCUCUCCAUUUAGCUAACAAUUCAUGGUUAAGUGAUGAAAGCAUGAAAAAGUUUGCUUCCAUUUUCCCAAACUUGCAAGUGCUGGACACAAGCGAUUGCAAAUUAUUAUCUGAAGGUAUUGUUGAAGUUUUAAGAUGUUGUAAAAUGAUGAUGCAUUUGAGCAUGACAUAUUGUCCAAAACUGGAGCUACUUGGGAUGAACUUUCAAGUUCCCCAAUUGGAGAUAUUGAACUUGUCGAUGUCAACAAUUGGUGAUGAAACACUGUAUAUGAUCUCAAAGAAUUUCUCCAGGCUACGACAAUUGAUCUUAGAAAUGUGUUCUCAUAUCACAGAGAAGGGAGUGGGGCAAGUAGUAAAAAAUUGCACACGACUGAGAGAGAUAAAUAUUCAGUAUUGUCGUAAUGUGGGUGCCGAUGUUGGUUUCUGGUUGGCAAUGGUGUGUUCAAGGCCAUCGUUGAGAAAGAUUAUCGCUCCGUCUCAUUUUGACCCUACUGACACCAAGUGGAUACCUUUAUUGGAUCAUGGAUGCCUUGUUUGCUAG